AAGGAGCAGCAGGUGUCCUGCUCCGCUGAUUUCUCUCAUAUUUACAGAGGAGCAGUUUAAGAGCGUCACAGUGCUGCAGCUGAAGAAGAAGAUCGAGUCUGUUGAAGAAGUCCCAGGACGAUCAUCUGCUGGUUUAAUUUUGUAUACAACACAAGACAACCAUUGAGUUAACUCUAACAUGGGAGCCUACCUGUCUGCUUACUGGAGACGUGAUGGAAUGAGGGACAAGGAAGAAAUUGAUAUCAAGGUCUUCAUUAAAGAGUCAACUGGGAGGAUCACAAGUGUUGACCUGCCCAACAAUGAGUUUGAGAGCGUCACAGUGCUGCAGCUGAAGGAGAAGUUGGAGCCUCUCACAGGAGAACCAGUAGAAGAACAGCGACUGAUCUUCGAAGCCAAACAGCUGGAGAACGAUCGUCUGCUGGUUUCAUAUGGAAUCCAUCAUGAGGCAACCAUUCACUUAAUUAAAAAAAUGGAUGUCACGGUCUUCGUUAAAUGUUGUGAUAGGAAGACCAUAGGGGUCCAUCUGUGUGACAAUAAGUUUCAGAGCGUCACAGUGCUGCAGCUGAAGGAGAAGAUACAGACUCUCAAAGGAGACCCAGUAGAUCUACAGCGACUGAACUUCAAAUGGGACGUGCUGGAGGACGAUGCUCUGCUGGUUUCAUGUGGAAUCCAACACAAGACAACCAUUGACUUAAUUCUAAAAAUGUUUGUCACCGUCUUCGUGAAAGAUUUAACUGGGAGGAACAUAAAGAUCUACCUGCGCUACAAGGAGUUUGAGAGCGUCACAGUGCUGCAGCUGAAGGAGAUGAUGUAUACUCUCAAAGGAGUCCCAGUAGAUCAACAGCGACUGAUCUUUGGAGACAAACAGCUGGAGGAUGAUGCUCUGCUGGUUUCAUAUGGAAUUCAACACAAGGCAACCAUUGACUAUGUUCUCAAACUACGAGGGUUCGACCCAUGUGUUGACCAGGGACGUGAUAGAAUGGGGGACAAGAAAGGCAAAGACAGAGAAAUGGAUCUCACGUUCUUCGUUAUAAAAGUAGAUGGGAGCAAAAUAACUAUCAACCUACAUGAGUUUCAGAGCGUCACAGUGCUGCAGCUGAAGAAGAAGUUGGAGCCUCUCACAGGAGAACCAGUAGAUCAACAGCGACUGAUCUUUGGUAGCAAAAAUCUGGAGGACGAUGCUCUGCUGGUUUCAUAUGGAAUCCAACAUAUGACAACCAUUCAAAUGGUUUUAAUACUACGGGGUGGAGGCCUCCCGUCUGGUGACCCAGGAAGUGGUGGAAUGGGUGACAAGGAUGGCCAAAACAGAAGUAUGGAACAUUUCUUAUAUUUUUAAAUCCAUUCCCUAUAUGUUUCCUCCUGGGACACAUUUAAUAAAACACCAGAGCUGCACUUCACUGUCCUGACAGUCAGCUCAGGUGACAUUUGGUUGUGAUCUGUUACGAAUCCAAUUUUGCAUUGAUAAUCUGAUUUAAAUUAAAUUGUUAUGUGCUGAUCAAUCCUUCAAAACCUUCACUGGCAGCCUGCUGUUUUCAGACUUCAGUUGAAAAUCCUCCUUUUGUUUUACAAAGCACAUGUGGGACAUGCUGUCAGUCUAUAUCCCCAGCAGGUCUCUCCAGUCACAAGGUGGAAAUCAGUAUUUAUGCACCUGUUCUUUUAAAACCAAACUAAAUACCGUUCUUUUCACUGGAGCAUUUUCUUAAUGAACACACUGUAAUUGUACAGCAUGCUCAUUUUUAUGUGUGUAUGUGUUUUUAUGUGUCUCUAUGAGUGGAUGUCUCAAUUUACACAUUGUUCUUUUAUUUUGUUACAUUUCUUUUGCAUGAGAGAUGAAACUGGAUUGCUACGUGUGUUUGUUGCACAGAUAAAAUGAAUGGGUGUGCCUUUAAACUUGAACCAAGUGGAAGAGGCAGAAAGACAGCAUACCAUGACACUCCUGUUACUGCAUUACUCAGGUUCAGGUGAAGACAAAAUGUCACUGUGUGGUGCAGAGCAGUGCCUUAGAUGUUCACUAUAUGGGUUAUAUCUGUACCUUAAUAUAUGUCUUUACAGUUAUGCUUUUGAUGGAACCAUCACCAGACUUUAUGUUAGUGAAACUAACCACCAAUAAAUUAAUCUGAGAGCAAUGUUAGAUAGAUUAAAGACUUUAAUGUAAUGUAUCUCUGAGCAUAUCUUUGUGGAACCAGCUUUAGGGUUCCAGGUGGACGAACCAAAAGGAGCAAAUAUUCUUUCAGAGUCAUUUAUAAUAAUCAUAGUUUUUAAACUGUUACAUAUUUCUGAUCAACUAAUUGAAAAAAAAAGUUUGACCUUCCAGUUUCUGUAAAGGAUAACUAACAUACUGCAGCUCUAUGGAAAACAUGUUGACUACUAAAAUAUGACUCUAAAACUGUUUUAAAUAAUGUUUCUGUUGAGGAAUGUGGGUAAAACAUUUUCUUAUUCGUCUCAUUUCAGUGUCAUUAAAUACACUUGCUCUGUUAUUAAUAUUUUUAUUUGUAUGAUGUAUGUAGGUCAAAGAGUUUAUUGUUUUAAUCCUAACUUUUCAAUAUAUAUGUAUUUUUUUUAAAUAUAUGUAUUUUUUAUCAUCUUUCUGACUUUGCUGGAUAUUAAACCAUUUCUCCAGUA